CGCGCAAGAAUUCACCGGCUUGAACAAUCAAGCGUGCUUCGGUAGCGUAAAAAAUAGAUGCACAUGUUAUUAAGUGCAUACGCGGUACCUACAUUUUAUUGCAUAAAAAUUGAAAAUAUUUCGUUAAAUUUUAGUGAAAUUCGUGUAUUAGACUGAAAUAAUUACAAGAAGAUUUUGUAAAACCUUAUAUGAUCGGUUUUCGUUAUUAUUCUCUUUGCGGGUUCAUUACCAAGUUGGGUACUUGGGUACCAACAUUUUUAUGAAAAAAUAGUGAUCUAUUUCUUGAUUUUUAGUGCGUAUGUUAAUUUUAAAUCAAAAUACAUUUUUUAUACGCAAUUUUAAUACAAUACAUAGUUUUUUUUUGAAAUGUCGUUAUUAUCGCAAGUGUUUAGUUUGGCUUUAAAUUUUAUAAGUUUCCCGUUCGCCGAACCUGAUGGUAAUACAAGACUUGCACGAAGUGAUGAUUCCAUUUUUCCUUUUGACGUUUUGAGAAACAUGCCCGAACCAUGUACAACCCAUACAUUUGAAAUGGGUGAAAAUGAACUGAAAAUCACAGCUCUUGCCAGAGGUCUAUGCCCCAACUGUUGUCCUGCCAAAUUUUCUAGGGAUAUCCGUUUUGUAGCGUACUCUAGAAGUAAUCCAAAUGGAACUCCAAUAAAUUUGCACCAUGGAGAAGCCUACAGAGCUGGAGUAAAUAGUAACCUACAAACUGUGAUAUUCAUACAUGGCUUUUCUGAAGGUUCACCUGGACAUAGUGGAAAAUCUAUUUUAGAUGCUUAUUACGCUAGAAACGAACCCCGUAAUAUGAUCCUCCUCGAUUGGUCCGAAUUGGCAACGUUCCCUUGGUAUCAAACAGCAGUGGCGAACGUCAAACACGUGUCGCAACGGCUGCGGAGAUUCAUCGAAAUUUUUCACGACAGUGGCGAAAUUCCAAUUCAAAAUUUACAUGUAAUUGGCUUCAGUCUAGGAUGUCACGUGGCUGGAAUUGCUGGCAAACUGCUCAGGAAAGACUUGCGGAUACCGAGGAUAACCGGAUUAGAUCCUGCUUUGCCAGAAUAUUCACUUAAAGAUUCCUCUAGGCGACUUUCUAAGAACGAUGCAAACUAUGUCGAUAUCAUUCAUACUGAUGCUGGAAUUUUUGGUUUUCCAUUAUCAAUAGGACAUGCCGAUUUCUUUCCUAACGGUGGUCGGGCUCUACAACCUGGUUGCCAACCAAGUUACCUAGUCAGACAAAGGAUAGUAGACCAAGUCCUGGCGUGCAGUCAUAUAAGAGCUUGGCAACUUUAUUCUGAAUCUGUAAAAAGCGAACGGUCUUUUCCAGCUUCUAGAUGUACCCUUUGGAGGGGCCCCGAGAAGGAAUGUGACUUCUCCGUAGACGCUUAUAUGGGAUUUGUUAACGAUAAUAGGACACAGGGAGAAUUCUACCUCAUUACACACGAAAGUAAACCGUACGGAAGAAGAGCCUGAAGAAGGUUUUGAAAAAUAAUUAGACCAGUAUGCAUCUUACCAAAGAAGAUAUUUAUUUUUAUGAAGUUAUGAUUUACAAAUAAUUUACUAUCCAAAUGAGUUUAUAAACCUCUCGAAUUAUUGUUUUGAUUUGUUCAUUUUGAAAAUAUUCCUAAUUACUAAAAAUCUUCAUUUGAAAGAUUAAUUGGACAAAAGUAUUGUUCAACUACUUAAUUUCUAUUAAUUAAAUACACUCUUUUAUUUGUAGAAACAGACAAUUUGAUCAAUAUAAAGGUUGUUUUAUUAUGACAAAAUCAGAAAUUUAGGUGAGGUCCUUUUUACAUUUAGUAGACAAUACGGUGGUCUAGUCCGGUUGAUAGGGACGGGGGUGUGACCUCACAAAAUAAAAAAUCAAAAAUAUUCUGUUCCUGUUCGUAUAUUAGUUUUUUAGAAAAACUCUAUAUUUUAUUUAUAUUUAGUAUUGCUUAUAUUUUUGGACUAUUUUAAAGUGAGAGUUUUUAUACACUCGGCAAUUUGAUUUUUUGAAAAAUAGGCUACAAAAAAGCUAGGAAAAAUCAUAUAAUGAUCUCUAUAAAGUUUCCAAUGAUUAUAUGAAUUAUAAAGAGAAAUAUUAUUUCUAGUUUACUUUAUUUUGGUUAAGGGUACGGCCUCCGGGCUGAACUAGGAUCACAUUUUGUUUAUAUGUUGAAAUAUUUUAAAAUUUUAGCAUGCAAUAUGUAGUGUUGCUUUUUGCAUACACAAUAUUUACAAACAAAAAUUGUCAAAGAAAUGGAACUGAACUUAAACAGAAAUUAAAGGCUAAUCUUAAGAUUUUAGAAUGUUGUUCUGCAAUUAUCAUUUAAUAUUAUUAAAUUAAUUGUAACUUUGUCCACCCUACAUUUCAAAGCAUGUGAGUUGGUUUCUUCCAAGCAUCAAACACAACCAAGAGCAUUUUUGUAAAGUUGAAAUUCCCAGCAAAGAAUAAGUAUUUAAUGGUAUUUCUGAGGUAAAGAUAUUACUUUUUACUGAAGUAUAUUAUCGUAAAUGCUGUAAAAAUUUCUUCUGAACUCUCUGUAAAAUGAUUUAUAACUCAUUUUUACUAAACCCGUUUUUCAAUAAUGUAUGCCCAUUGGCUUUUCUUGCCGUUGGUUGUUUUCAAUGCUGGUAAGAAACCAUCUCAUCUGCUUUUAAAUGUAGCUGCAAUAAAUUUUAGUAAAUGAUAAUUGCAGAAUAAUACUCUAAAAUCUUACCAAUAACCUUUAAUUUCAGUUUAGGCUCAAGGUCUUUCUUCUACUGAUGUUUGUAAAAAUUGUUUGCCAACAGCAACACUAUACAGCUCGCUUCAGGCAUGCUGAAAUCUAAAAUUAUUUUAGAGUAUAAACAAUAAUAUUUCUCUUUAUAAUUUAAAUAAAAAGUAAUUCAUUUGAUUUUAUGGAAAUCAUAACAUGAUUUUUUCUUGCUGCCUUAUAGCUUAUCAUUUAAAAAAACAAACUACCCAUAUUAUAAAAACUGUAACACUAGAACAUAGUUAAUACAUAAAAAUAUAAAUACCACUAAAUAACAAUAAAAUAUAAAUUUUUUUCAAAAAUCGUAAUGAAGUAGAAUAUUUUUUGUCAACUCACGUUUUAAUUCCGUGACGUCACUCCAUCCUUAGCAACUAUUUCAGUCUACGAACCUUGGGCUAAGAGUACCCAAAAUUGGAGAAAACUCCUAAUCAUUGACAACACUGUGGCCGUAAAUACACCGGUAAACCUAGCGAAUUUUUACUGGUAACCCUUAUUAAUCUUAGGCGAGUAUUGACAUGACGUCCCAUGUUAUGGGACAAUUUAUUGGCCAAUCAAAAUGCUCCUUAAUGGAAGAUAGGGGCGUUUACAGAAUUUCAAAUAAUUGCGCGGAAUAUUCACGUUAUUUCUCACAUAGACUAAUGCUACUAUUUACGUACUUUCAUUAUUUAUAUUAUCGUGUUGAUAUGGAGCAGGACAUUUUAAUAAUAAAGCAGCUUUUAAACAAAACAGUACAAUAUGAAAAUGAGUCAUCUUUCUUAGAUAAGGAUGGGCAUUUUAUUGAGACUACAGGGUUUUCGUAAAAAUCUUUAAUAAAAAGUCUUAGUUUUAUUACAUUUUUGCAUAUACAAGAUGCUCAUUUUGGCGUGGACAACUUGAUUUAAUAUAAAUGGGACGCCCCAUAAUAGAUUUUUGAUGCUACAUAAAAUGAAUACAUUAAAACUGAUAUAUGCUAUACCUUGGUUCAAUUGUUUUUGGAACAUAAACAGUUGAAAAUCGUCCCUCUCUUGACUUUAAGAGGUUAUAAAGCCAAAUCAUUUUAACAUAGAGGGCGCAUCAAUUUUUUUUUAGAAUUUCAUGUAUAAUCCAAAAAUUGUGUGUGGUAAUGUUUACCCACACCAAACUGAGCAAACUGUAUAACAUGUAGAAAUGUAAUAAAACAAGACUUUGUUUUAAACAUUUUUGUAUUUCUUCUUUAGUAAAAAGUGCAACUUUCAGAGUUAUUUCAAGUUUUUUUAAAAACCUCUCCAUAGAAAAUUCUACUGACCACCUCGUUUUUCCAGUUUCUUGGUAGAUUAUUCUGUAAAUAAGAUAGGCUUAUAUAGGAACAAAAUUAAUUAUGAAAGUUUACUUACUUCAAUAUUAUCGCGAUUAUCGCUCAUUGUAACCAAAUAACUGCCACAGAUUGCGAAUUGUGAUUUUAGGGCGAAAAUAAUAAGAUAUUUUAAGGAAAAAGCAGAAUGAAAUUUUAAUAAUAAAGUAAUUGUCAAACGUCACACCACAACACAACAGCAGCUGACAUGAGUCGACUUUUAUUUUAAAAUUCGAGUUAAUUUGCCUUAUAUUGGAAAAUCUUUUAUAAACUACAACAGAAAAUGUAGAUCGGAUAGUUUAAUCACAAAUGAUAAAGCAUAAGUACAUACAUUAUGUAUAUCAGAAAAAUGUUAUUAGAUAAAAUAAAUUGCAUAGUAUUAAAGGUACACCUUAAAAUCUUCGCAUAGAACUAUAGUUGCUUUAGAAAUAUUAGAUUGUAAUUAGUUGAAAAGAAAUAGUGACUUGAAAAAGGCAAUACCUACUAUGACGUACGGUAACAAUAUCAAUUAAAUUUAAUUUUUAUUUAUACAGGAAAAUAUUACAUAGCAGUGAUAAAGAAAUUUCCAAUACCAUGUCAUUCUAAAGAAUUAUAUUGUGAUGACUUGCAUUGGUAAUUUAAUUACAGCUACUUUAUAAUAAUUAUCAUUUAAUUCUAAAAUAAUAUGAUUAUAUAAUAUUUAAUUAAGUGAUUAAUUUUGUUUUAAAUUUAUUUGUAUUAUUUUAUUUUAAUUUCAUUUAAAUUUCUAGUAACGAUAAACAGUGUGGUCGAUUAUAACUCUCCCUUUUUCUAAUUCCUAAACAAAAUGUGAUACAUUAAUUUCUUAUACAGUCAGAAAUUGUUGAGAGUUAUUAAACUUAUCAUGUUUGUUAUAAGUAUAAACAUUACCAUAGGGUAAAUAUCGUAUUUUGUUUAUAUUUUUUUUAUAAUUUGUCUUAAUUAAGUAAAAUAAGACACAAUUUACGACCUCACUGUAUAUAAAACAUUUUAUAUAUCUAGAAUGAACUUUUUGGUUUGUUCAUCUAAAAUAUUUAGGAAAUUUAUUUCUUUUUCUGUUUCAUCGUCAAUUAUGAAUAGAUAAUACAUGGAACAUCAAAUAAAUUUGUAUAUGAGUAACACUUGUUGAUAACGAACUCGUAAUCCACAGUUUGACCGUAGCAACGCAGAGAAAGCAUUCCCUUUACUAUGUAUGACAGCACAAUUUUAUGGCAAAGGUCUAUAUACAGGAUUGUUCAAAGCAGAAAAAAGUAAAUCCAUGUUUCAUCCAAAUAAAAAAUAUUUUUGUCUUAUCUUCUUAAUUAUCUCAUUUCCCUUAAAUAUUGUCUCCUCCAACAAAUAAUUUCAUCUUUCUAUAUGAGCGUAAAUUUUCUAUCGUUCUUCUCUCAAACGAAGUCUAAUUCACGUAAAAUUUUCCACAAUUUGUCUCUUUUAACAUUUUGAUAGGUUUCAUCUCCAUUAAUCUCUACUUAAAGUUUAUCCAAAGUAGGAGUCUUUUUUUGUAAAUAAAACGAAUGCACUUUUCUUAGGAUCAAUUUUUUUUGUAUGGGUUUUCUCUCAGUUGAUGUUUUAGGUGCUACUGCAAUACUUCAAUACUUUCGUUGCUUCAAAAGUCUAUAAAUAGUUGCUUCUCCAAGUCCGGUCAUAUUUGAACACUUAGAAACUAUACUCCGAACAGUACUAUUGAAAUGUUCAUGUACAAGAGCGUCAUCUACAUUUAAAACUAAAGUUUUUAUAUGCACGGUUAUAUUGUACUUUAAUAUCACAGGAGUAUAAUUAGACGUUUGUGCCAUUUUUAUUGCACCAAUUCACUUGAUUUAUAUCGUUUUAUCGCCUAUUAUUACAGAACUACCAAUUCUGCGUAUUACAAUCACAGGACUAUACAAACAGAAAUGUAAAUCUUAACUAAAAUAAUUUACACUCUGCACAACACUUUCUGCCGAUUAGAAAUUUUAAUCCCUUUUAAGAAAAUUGAGGGCUACUUAAAUUUAUCUUGAAUUGUAAAUAUUUUCUACUUGUAGAGAUUACAUACUUAUUUUUGUUUAUUAAAAUUUAAGAUAAAAAUUGAAAUAAAUUGGUAUUUUGUAAAAUUUUAGGUAGAAAACCAAAGAUUUUAUUUUGGAACAAAUAAUGCUAAACAAUUUAUUUUAGAAAUUCUCCGUCACUGAUUUAUGAUGUUAUAUUGGGGUUUAUCUCCUGGGUCAUAGAAAUUUUGCUAUCAUUCAUUUUCAUAUAAACUUAUAAUGAAAGAAGCAAUUUUGACAAGUAUUAAUUUAUUCUAAUAAUAUUCCCAUUUUCUUAAUAAACUAGAUGAGUGGUAUUUGAUUAGCUUAUAAUAAAUAUACACUGCAUAGCAUACUUACUCGUUUAUACGACUCAAAGACAUUAAACUCGUAUAUUAAUUUAAUAAUAAUUAUUAUCAACUUUUGAUAACAUUGCUUCGUAGUAAAGAUCCUAAAUGCUUUAAUUAUAAAUUUAAUUUGG